CGAUUCAUUCAUAAAUCACAUUCGAGGCGAGGAAAAUUCUUGGCACUUGAUUGGGAUUGCAUGUUGGGAGAAGAGAUUUUGUGCAAGGGGUCCUUGCGUUCUGGGCGAUGGAGAGGGUAGUUCGACCGACAGUUCGGAAUGAAAGCGCGAAAUGGAGGGCAAUGGAAAAUAAUAUGUUGGCAGGAGACUUCCAAAUUUUUGGCACGGCUCCCUUGUAGUGUGCGAAAUUUGUGCAUUUGCGGGCCCGAGUCGGCUGUUGUCUGAUGAGUAAUGUGUUCUGUUUUGCUUCUGCAGUUUCGGAGAUCCCAAGUGAGGAAACUGGGUCGACGACCGCCAGCAAACAUAAACAGUUUCGCGCCACUCGCGAAAAUGUAUUGUGCAAGCACGACGACGGCUUAUCUAGAUGUAUUGGAGUCGUAGUUUUAAUUCUAAUUUUUACUUGAUACCAGCAUGAAGUGUCACAAUUGCGCCUGCAGUGCUCGCGGAAUGCUUGCCGAAAGUUUGAGUCACCGCGUUCCGUAGUCAUUGUCGGCAACUCAACGUGGCGAUAACAGCGUCAAUAGUGUUUUUCUCCCCAAAACCGGAUCAGCUCUCGUGGAAUAAGUAAAGCGGCAUUCACAAAAGCAGAUAAUAAUGUACUCGCUUGUGUACCCCAAAACAAUGUUGUGUUUUAAUUUAAAAUUAGCCACAUUUUUUCGUACACAUCGUGAUGAAUCCGUUCGUGAUCGCAGUCAGAGUGUUUGCACGACAUCAACUAGAACUCCCCCGCCUAACAAGGAUAUAGGAGCGUUGAGAGUGCUGCAAAGACGAGCAUCCAGCGUUAUCUCAUCAGCUACCGAAUUAAUUUCCCGACGAGGAGUUUUCUCCAGGAGACAUUAUGGAUCCGUUGACCAGCUUCCGCAGUCUGAAUUAGAUGGUUACGAUCCGAACUGCAGGAGGUUUCGCCUAGAAAAUGGCGAAUCCUUAGCGGAAAAGGACGAGGUAUUUGGAUCGCCCAGCACACCAAUUUUAGAAAAUCCUGAACACCAAACCAGAUGGUACUUUAAGUAUUUCCUUGGCAAAUUGCAUCAGAAUUAUGUCGGGCUCGAUUCAGAUAAGAAUCCAUACUUCCUAUCGAUUGUAUCCCAAGAUUCAGCUACCAAGUCGACACCUCUCUACAGAGCGAUCCUUUUUAGAAACAAGGGCACACAGAAAAUUGCUCUACCAUAUAAUCCACAUCAAAAAUUAACGGUAAAACAAAUUCUUGGGCAUUUUCCGGGGAUGGAUGCAUCAGCUAAAAAUCCAAAAGAACUUUUCUCGGCUGACAUCCAAAAGGACCUGCUGCUGCUGGAGGAACAAGAAGGCUCGGUUAAUUUCAAGUUUGGCGUCGUUUAUAUGAAGGCCGGUCAAGUUUGCGACGAUGAAAUGCUAAGUAACGAAACAGCAAGCGAAGCAUUCGAAGAAUUUCUUAGCAUCCUUGGAGAGAAAAUACGACUGAAGGGCUGGGAACGGUUUCGUGGCGGAUUAGAUGUUAAGGGUGACAUGACAGGGAAAUAUUCAAUCUAUACUUUGUACGAAGGACAUGAGAUUAUGUUCCAUGUGUCAACGUUAUUGCCUUUUUCCAGAGAUAACAAGCAACAGGUGGAACGAAAACGGCACAUCGGAAAUGAUAUUGUGAACAUAGUUUUUAUCGAAAGCGAUCCAGAGAAUUGCAACCCUAUCGAUUUUGACCCGAAUUGCAUUAAAAGCCAAUUUACUCAUAUCUUUGCUGUGGUUUCUAAAAGCAAUUGCUCUUAUCGCUUAGCUAUAUUCUGUGAUGAGACUGUACCCCCUUUCGGACCAACUUUACCAAAUCCACCUGAAUUUUCGAAUAUUUCCAUGUUUCGCGACUUUUUAUUAGUUAAAUUAAUAAAUGGCGAGAAAGCUACGUUCCAAACGCCAACAUUUUCGAGAAAACGCGAACGAACCUUAGAAAUGCUCAUUAAGGAUCUCUAUGAAGAAUAUGUUCACGACAAUAAACUCAACAUGCUCAACAGACGUGCAUUCUCGGAAGUUCUCUACGAUGCGCCUCGCACGUCGAAACUGAAAGAAGAUGCCAGACAAAUUGAAUUCGUCCGAAUCGGUCAAGCAUUGAAAUUGGAAGCUAUUGUGAGAGGAGACGCCCCUACAAGUUUGGCAUCGGCAAGUCCUUGUACAUUAUUUAAGAGGCCGCCGUGGGAACCUCAAUGCUUCUACCCAACAUUUCAACAUAGAGGAACACUUGCUGGAGAUUCAUUCGGCAAUGACAAAUUAUUCGUAGCCACUGACGAUGGGAUAUUUUUAGUUAGAGAAGAUCAAUCACAUCAACUAGUUUUCGACAAAACUUUUUACGUGAAACAAUUAUCUGUGAUUGAAGACCAUGGGCUGCUGCUGAUACGAGGAGGAUCAAUGACAAAUCGAGAUGGUCACCGACUCCACGUUUUCCGUCUGAGAGAAUUUACUGAAGAUUCCAUCCGAGUUCGCAGUCGCGUGGAGGUAAAGGAGCGACGAAUUGAUCGAACAAGGAGUUGUCACUUGUUUUCCACUUCAAAUGUUAGUGGUGGUCAUCUGCGAAUAGCAGUUGCAGUAGGAAAAAAGAUUUUGCUCUUUCAAUGGAAACAUACGGCAGCUUGGGCAUCUUGGUGUCCCGAAAACGACACAGAGACUGUUGACGGUUUCAUUUUUCUCAAAGAGGUUUCAUUACACGAUGUUCCCACCAUUGUAACGUUGCUUGAAGGCCCAACAAAUACAAAUACCGGAGGACUAAUGUGCGUUGGUUUCAAGCACCACUUCGAAAUCGUGUGUGAUCAAUCCGGCGCAGCAACUAAACUGCAUGAAGUAGAAACAUCAAAAAGAAAUCACGCUCAACUGAUAAAUGCUGUAGAAUUAUGUGAUGGACAAGAAACUGAACUUUUGCUGUGCUAUAAUCAUACUUGUCACUUCCAAAAAAUAACAGAAGAAGUCAACACUACUGAAUUUGAUUUUCACUGGAACACUUCGCCUUCGUCAAUAGUUUGCGCAUUCCCGUACAUCAUAGCCUUCACUUCGGAUACAAUGGAAAUCCGUCUCCUAGUUAAUGGAAAUCUAGUCUACACAGCGAUCAUGCCCGAGUUACAGUUGAUCACAUCCAAACGAGACAUUUAUUUUGUAACGACAGCCCCAGAAUUUAUCACCAAAGAUUUUCAUAUAAAAGGACUGAACUCAGAGAAUAAUACUGAAAGAAAAUCAAUCGCCGACCCUCUUUCUAAUGAAGAACUACUGAAAAUUCGGCACAAAAUCAACAGCGCACAAGACCAGGAGCAAAGUGCGCAGACAGGUGGAACGCCGAUGCCUAUUAACCAGGAACAUGAACUGCAAUGUUUGCUUACCAUCCCCAGCCGACACGAAGGAAUUCCAUCAAUACAACGUGCAAGGUCCUUACAGAAACCCAAAACAAUCAGUGAGGACCAGAAAAGGCACAUUUCAAAGAGUAACUCUUGCGGUGAUUCCUACUCGAAUGAGAAGGACUGCUCGAUUGAACCAGGCGUUCCGCCAAAUACUCCCAAACUUAGCUCAAAAGGCGAUUCGCCUGUCUCACCGACUAAACGAACGCCUUCCAAGUAUCGUAAUCCAUUUGUAACACAGUCAGAAGUGAAUUGUUCCUCUCCUGAUCGUGUCAAACCACUUCGAAUCUACCGAAUUCCAUUAGCCAACCUAACCGGAGCUCACUCCCAGUUCCAUGCACAUACUGCAAGCAAUCCGACCAAGAACACCAGCAAAAUUCAAAAUAUUAAAAUCGAAGAAGAUCAUUCCGAGGUCGAUGAUAGUUUAGUGGACAAUAAGGACGAAUCUGAGAAGCUCAUCGUUAGUGACGCUGUCGACAAUAUCACGUGUAACUACUGCGCUAGUCUAUCGCUAUUUUCAUAAAUUUUAUAACGCUUGGAAUGAAAGAGUGACCCUGCUUUUUGCGGCGUUUAGUGCAUUUCGACAUUUGUGAAGUCCAGCUGGUGAUAGUGAACUGAUAUUGCCUUCAUCUUUUCUAACAUUAGCGCAACUGAGCAAGGGAACUGUUAGCUGAAACUCCUCUUUUUGUCGAAGCCAACCAUAAUUCAUGAGAACAAUUAGCACAAAAUACUGGCAAAAUAAACACUAAUGUAAAUAUAACAAUCCUCAGAAGAAAUAUUUUCAGCUUCAUCAAUAAAAGGAAUGCAUCCUUAGUCUAAUUUUUGAACAUAAACAUUGACCACGGCGGCUCAAAAAUUUUCCGUGGGAUAUUUAGAUGCCGCAACCUUAGCUGCAAGGAGCAUAAAAUAACGAAGGAAUCCAAAAAAUGUAUGGAAAAAAGUCAAACCUAUAUAUGUAUUUGCGUAACAACAAAUCUGAGAUACUUUUGCAUGUUAGCAAACUAACUCUACCAGUAAGAGGUCACAAAUGUGAAUAAAGUGAAUUUAUCUUUUUUGUAAAAAAUACAAGGUUCAGCGAAAAGCUGCGAAACAAGUGAGGCUAAAACCCGAAAAUUAAAACUACACAACAUAUUUUAAAUAUACAUUAUUAACGUAUUUAGUAACACAAGAAAUCAGAUAAAACACAAACACAUGAAAACCUAAGAUAAGCAAAAGAAUACGAUUCUCUAUGUGAAAUUUGAAAGUUAAAGUUUUAUUGAAGAGUUUUACAAACACGUUGCGUGGAUGGAGAGUUUAUGGAAGAAGAAAGUGGGCUGAAAGCGAAUUCAGGAGAGAUACGUUUAGUAUUUGGAACAUGUUACGAAUGAUUUGAUGGACAUUGUAAUGGUGUUGAGAAUUAAUAAAAUACUAAGAGA